AAGUUUUUCGCUUAAAAGGUGAUGUAGUAAUUUUAAUAAGUUACUUAUACUGGAAGUUUCGAGAUCUAGUUCAUAACUAAAUGCAGUGAAAACGUGUUUGCUGCAUUUGACGUGAGACGAGAGUAGAAAAAUAUUGGAUAACAAUGGCGGACGAAGAAUUACCAUCGGGUUGGGAAAAACGUUUAAGCAGAUCUACCGGACAACACUAUUAUUUAAAUAUUUAUACUAAAGAAAGUCAAUGGGAUCGACCAGACAAACCUGCAGAUCCAUCUGGAACUAAUAAAGAAGAUGGCCCAGAAGAAGUUCAAUGUUCACAUUUAUUAGUAAAACAUUCAGGUUCUCGUCGACCAUCUUCUUGGCGGGAAGAAAAUAUUACAAGAUCAAAAGAAGAAGCUCUUGAACUUAUCAAAUCUUACAGAGAACAAAUUGUAUCUGGAAAAGCGACAUUUGCUGAACUUGCUUCAAAAUAUAGCGAUUGUAGUUCAGCUAAGCGAGGUGGAGACUUGGGACCAUUCAGUAGAGGUGCAAUGCAGAAGCCUUUUGAACAAGCAGCAUUUGCACUUAAAGUUGGUGAAUUGUCUUCACCUGUUCACACAGAUAGUGGUAUCCAUAUCAUUCAGCGAACAGCAUAAAAGAUUGAUCUUGAAUAAAGUAUUAAAUUUGUUAACAAAAUUUCCUCAGUUUUGCUAAUGACAUAUGUUCAUAAUAAUAGAAAAUUUUCACAAUUGUAUUCAAAAUCAUGUAUAUUUACUUAUGCAGUGGAAAGUUUUUUGUAUAUGGAUGUGACGUAUGUAAAUAUUUUUUUUUAACUCAAUAUCCAGUUAUAUAUUUAUGUCUUCCAGUUGAAUCUUAACUGAAGUAGUAUAUUACGAAGUUAUAAUUAAUUUAAAAAUUUGUCAUAGUGUGCAUUUUUAAUAUGAGCAUUUUCAUGCAAUGAAAGCAAAUCAGAUAUUUAAAUAUUAUGCAAGAUAAAAUAGAUGGAUUGUAUGCACAUAUUUAACAAUAUUUUCUAUUCAUAUUUGCUAAUUUUACAUUCCUUAAAUAUUAGCUAAGUUUUGCCUGAUUAUUAACAACGUUUUUUAGUGUUUCUGUUUUACAUAAGUUAUAAAUCACUUUAAAUUAUAAGUUCCUGUAAAAGAAAGAUUUUAAUUUUUCCUUUGUUUCAAAACAAUUGAGAUAUAAAAGAAAGUAUAAUAAACGUGAAAGAUGAAUUCUGUUACUUGUAUUGCAAUAAUAAACUAAGUAUUUCAUGUUUAAAUUAGUGCAUCAAAUUUAAAACAAAUGUUUUGCCCACUUAAAAUGAAUUUAAUAUCGAUAAAAUAAAUCAUAUUAUACAUAUGUGUAACUGUGAAGUUUUUGCUCAAGUAACGACAGAUGUUUGUCAUGAUUUUAUAAUUAUUCUUAAAGUUUAUUUAAAAAAAAAUAUACUACUUUUUAGAAAUACAAAAAGAUAGAGGUAGGAUAUUUAUGUGUAACUCAGUUUAAUCAUUUUAACUGUUAUUAAUACAAAUUUAUGAUCAUUGAACAUAAUAACUUAAUUUUUAUUUAUAUUUAGCUGGAAUAAACUACAAUUAUAAAUAUGCCACUAGAAAAAGUACAAUUAUUUGAGAUAAUUACAGCUUACAAUAAUAAUUUGAAAUUAAUAAUAUAAUAUAAAUUUUUAUUGUUCUUCGCUUUAUUUUAACAUUUUAAUAGAAAUAAAUUUUUAAUUCAAAUAUAAAAACAAAGAAGCUUGUUUAGAAAUCAUUCAUGUUUCCAAUAUUCUUCAUAUUUCUAGUCUGUGUCUAUAAUAAUUUAUGUUUUUGAAGACUGUGAAUAAAUAUUUAUGAAAUACAUUCUGCUUACUAUACUUAUAUAGUAAGACACAUGUAUUAGAUUUAUAAUAAUUAUUUCCUAUCAUUCAGUACAGUGUAUCUAAUUUAAUUAUAUGUAUAUACAAUAUCUAUGUAUGAAAUAAUUUGUCCUAUUGCAAGAAAUAUAUUACAACUAAAUGUGAUAAUGAUUUGCAUAUAAAUGCAUUUAUCUACAUUAAAAAUAAACAUGUCUAACCGACAUUAAUUUUCAUUUCUUUAAUUUCAUAAUAAAUUAUGUAAACGUUCCUAAAACAUGUUUUUGUUAAAAGCAUUGCUUGUGCACAAAUUUCAUACUAUUUUUUCAACAAUGGUAGUGAUAAAUGCAUUAGUCUCGUAAAAAAUGUAUUAAAAGGAUUUGCGAAAAAACAAUUAAAUACAUGUAACAAAUA